GCUAAAACAAAGCAAUAUGACUAAAUUAAUUCUAGCACUAUUGCUAACGACAUACAUAGCCGGGUCAUUGCAAAGCCCGACCCCUACCUUUAAGACUACCGACGAGUUGAUUGACUACAUCAACGGUUUGGGCACCACAUGGAAGGCCGGCAAAAACUUUGACGACUCGUACCCAAUAGAGUCGCUCCGAAAACUAUCAGGUGUGCCGUCCAAGCGCACCACACCUUACCCUAAACAACCGGAAGUUGACCCCAGCUUUGCCAUACCUGAGACGUUUGACGCCCGGGAACAGUGGCCCGACUGUCUGUCCGUUAAGGAGAUCAGAGACCAGGGAGCUUGUGGCUCGUGCUGGGCGUUCGCAGUGGUAGAGGCCAUCAGCGACCGUAUAUGCAUCGCAUCGCAGGGCAAACAACAGGUAGAGAUCUCCGGCGAGAACCUACUGGCCUGCUGUGACUCGUGCGGCGACGGAUGCGAGGGUGGGUUCCCGGAGAGCGCCUGGCAGUACUACCAGCGCACGGGACUAGUGUCCGGCGGUCUGUACGACUCGAAGGUCGGCUGUCAACCUUAUUCGAUUAAAUCGUGCGAACAUCACGUGUCCGGACACCUGCCCGCCUGCGCUAAGGAUACUGUGCCGACACCUGAGUGCUCGCACUCGUGCCGCUCCGGCUUCAACGGCACCUACACUAAGGACUUGCACUUUGGGGCUAAAGUCUAUGGUUUUAGCAACCAGAUCCGAGAGGUGCAGGCUGAUAUUAUGAAAAAUGGUCCGGUUGUGGCCACAUUUGAU